UAGACAUUUCCGGGUAAAGAAGCGCAUCGGGCUGCGGCUUCCCCGUGCUGACCAUGCCGUCUCCCUCCCAGCCGAGGCGGAGGAUCGGCGUGGCCAUUGGCGACCAGAUCCUGGACCUCAGUGUCAUUAAGCACCUGUUCACGGGGCCCGUCCUCUCCAAACACCAGGAUGUCUUCGAUCAGCCGACUCUCAACAGCUUCAUGGGCCUCGGCCAGGCCGCCUGGAAGGAGGCGAGGGAGGCCUUGCGGAGCCUGCUGUCCGCCAGCUGCGCCAGGCUCCGGGACGACGCAGACCUUCGGAGAUGGGCGUUCAGCCCCCAGGCUUCCGCUACAAUGCACCUGCCAGCCGCCAUAGGUGACUACACAGACUUCUACUCCUCCCGCCAGCACGCCACCAACGUGGGCAUCAUGUUCCGGGGCAGCGAGAGCGCGCUCAUGCCAAACUGGCUGCACUUGCCAGUGGGCUACCACGGCCGCGCCUCGUCCGUCGUGGUGUCCGGCACGCCGAUCCGAAGGCCCACGGGGCAGAUGAGACCCGACGACGCGAAGCCCCCUGUCUUUGGCGCCUGCAAGCUCCUGGACAUGGAGUUGGAGAUGGCUUUCUUCGUAGGCCCCGGGAACAACCUGGGAGAGCCCAUCCCCAUUUCCAGGGCCCACGAGCACAUCUUCGGAAUGGUCCUUAUGAACGACUGGAGCGCUCGAGACAUCCAGAAGUGGGAGUACGUCCCCCUGGGGCCGUUCCUGGGGAAGAGUUUUGGCACGACCAUCUCGCCGUGGGUGGUGCCCAUGGACGCCCUCCUGCCCUUCGCCGUGCCCAACCCGGAGCAGGACCCCAAGCCCCUGCCGUACCUCCGCCACGACCGGCCCUACACGUUCGACAUCAGCCUCUCUGUCACCCUGAAAGGAGAAGGGAUGAUUCGGGCGGCUACCAUAUGCAGGUCCAACUUUAAGUACAUGUACUGGACGAUGCUGCAGCAGCUGACCCACCACUCUGUCAACGGCUGCAACCUUCGGCCGGGGGACCUCUUGGCUUCUGGAACCAUCAGCGGGCCGGAGCCGGAAAGCUUUGGCUCCCUGCUGGAGCUGUCCUGGAAGGGGACGAAGGCCAUCGAGCUGGGGGACGGGCAGACCAGGAAGUUCCUGCUGGACGGGGAUGAGGUCGUCAUCACAGGGCACUGCCAGGGGGAUGGCUACCGCGUCGGCUUCGGCCAGUGUGCUGGGAAAGUGCUGCCCGCCCUCCUGCCCGCGUGAGGCUCUCGGCGUCCUGGGCCCGCGCAGCUCAGUGCCAUCGAGCUGGGGGAUCAGCGCCCUCCGCGGCCGUGGCCCGGCCCUCCUUCGGCGGUAAAUAAAGCCAUUGUGUUUGGUGGCCGUACCCAGA